GGGGAAGUUUGAUAUUUUUAGAAUAGUAGUAGUAGUUAAUUGAUAAUAGUAGAUAAUUGACAGGGGUUUUGUUAAUUUAUCCUUCUGUUAAUUGUGCGGUGCGGGCUUUCUUUUGACUUCAGUGGUAUAUUAUUAUUAUCCGCCGCAUAUUCACCCCGCACCGCAAUAAACCUGUGAGCAUAUUCCUUGCAAACGGACUCUCGAUCUCAUCUGGGUGGAAUCUCUCAAGUCUUAACAAACAAUGAACGCUGUGACGAACUCUGCAACAGAUUUCAUUCCAGAGAACACCGGCGGAAGCGAUUCCGAUACGAACUCAGACGAUGCUCCGGAAUACUAUCAGCCAAUAUCCACCGGAGUCCACGAUGAUGAAGAAUUUUCCGAUCAACAAUCAAACUCAGAUCAGAUCUCAGUCGACAAUGAUGAUCUCAAUGUUCAUCACCUGCCAAACGGCUACGCUAGUUGUGUCGAGAAUGGAAUGUCGUCUCUCGAUCUGAGUGAUGACGAAGAACAAGGAAGCAGUGAUGAGGAGAUGGAGAGGAUCAGAAUAGCAUCCGAUUCAGCGACACUGAGAGCUUUUAGGGAGGAUGAGAGCCGUCGCAACGCGCCGUUGACGGCUGAGAGUACGAUGAGAGUCAUGGAGGCGAUGCGUGGGGUGUCAUUCGCUGGAUUGGCCCCGGAUUGGGCUAACCAAGUCCCUGAGGAUCGGUGGAUCAAUCGACUUCGAAGAUUGAGACAACCACCAACUUCUACCAGUACAAUUCACGAUUGAACUCGGCCAAUUAGGACCGUGUCAUAUUUCUAUUUUGAUUGUACGAAGGAUUGUUGUUCUGACAAUGAUCUUAUAUUGUUUGAUAAAUUGUCUGAAUGAUCAAAUUCUUGUUGCCUUUGUUAGUGAUAUCAGCCUAUAUGUCUGAGUUCAUUGAGGAAUAUGCAUCAGUG